AGAUGGGAGGAGGAGGAGCAAGAAAGUAUUUGAAACAGAGGAUCGGGUGGCGACGGUGGUGACUCCGCCGCUGGUGACAUGUAGCCUGCAUGUCACUCAGUGGCAUCCUGCACAUCUUCCAGCUGCUCGAGUGGAGAUCAGCUGUGUUCUCCUCAUGCACCUCCUCCGCCAUCUCGUUCAUCUUCACUCAUCUCCCGGGAAAAUACAGCAGCAGCAUCCAGCGAGGUGAGGAGAGGCCAGAGAAACAAGAAGAUAAUAAGAAAACUCAGAAUUCAUGGAUGAAGGAAAUGGAGAAAGUAAAAUCAAAGCAGCAAUGAUAGACAAGAUGAAUAGUGAAAUCUAACAAUAAAUAGCAAAACAAGAAAGGUAGGACUGAAAGACAAAAUCAAAACAAAAAAAACUACCAUUCCUGAAAAGAAAACAAAUUAAAACAGAGAAAAUGCAAGAAGCAAAGCCAGCAAAAACAAACAAGAGACCAACACAAACACAAUAAAGAAAAUACUAAACCAACAAAAUCCCAAACAAACCAAGAAAACCAGCAAGAAGCAAACAGGAACCUGGAAAAAAUGUCAAACUCAAUAAGUACGUUUAUAAUGCGAGGCUCUGACGUGGAAGGGGAGGAACAUGGAACUGAAACCACAACAAACACUCAAUCCUACCAAACCUUCCUGCCCCCGCCCACCCCAGCAGCAGCCCCAACCUUCAUCACAGGGGCCACAGACUCCUUUCUGGCCCUCCCCGAGCAGAUGGAAGGGGAGGGGGAGGGGCUGUUGGGGUCAGGGGAAGGGGAUGGUGUUUCUCAGGGUUCACUCUUGUAUCUGGAUUCUGCCUCAGCCCUUCAUGUUUUGGUCCACCAUCUCCCACAGCCGUCGCACCAACCCACACCCCCUCAGCUGGUGGAGGAGGAGGGGUCUGAGGAGCAGUUUGUGGUGGUGGGAGCAUUGAAGAACGAGGAUGAACUUGCAACUUCUGCCUCCCCUACCACCUGCCAUGUGUCUGUGGAAAGCAUACUUGAGGAGGAACUGGCUGGCGGAAGGGGUGAAAUAUACUUACCGCAGCCACAGGAACCCACACCCGCACCACAGCACCUCCCACAGGCCCCCGUUCUGGCACUAGUGGAUGGCAGCGGCAGCGGCGACACUGGCGACACCACUGGCAUAACACUUGACACUGUGCCACAUAUAACCUUAGAGGAGAUCAUUCAGAAAUUUGCCUCGUCACCUGGCUCUCCUAUUGAUGAUCUUGAUGACUCUACCACCACCACCAUCACUGCCAUCACCCCCCCUCCUGACCCAGCCCCUCUCCCGCCUCCCCCUCCCACGGUGUCCCCAAGGGUAAAGGUGAAAUUGCUGCCAGAGAAGAGGAAAGGGGAGUGUGAGGUGGAGGAGUUGGCGGAGGGUGACGAUGGGUGUUUGUAUGAUGUUGUCGUGACGUAUCGGUGUCGUGUAUGUGGGGAUGUGUAUGAUGAUAAGGCGGCGUUACUGUAUCAUCACCAACAGAGUCACAAGCAGAAGACCCAGGGAGGCAUUAUCAAGAUCAGGGUCACGUCAUCAGACACCCGCCCCACCACCAUCACCACCACCCCUGCAGGAGGAACAGAGCACCCCAAUAAGAGGAUGAAGGAAGGGACGGGGGAGGGAACGGGCAUGACGCGCAGGCACUACCAACCCCAGGGUAGUCAGGUGACAUAUCCCGCUCAGCCUGGCCUGCUCAUUGGACACAGAAAAGCACGUAUUCCUGACCAGGGAGAGGCGGACACUGGUGGUGGUGGUGGUGGUGGUGGUGGUGAGGGGGUGGUGGAAGGCAAGAGGAAAGUGAAGGCCCCACGCACACUGCAGGAUCAGUUUUGGCUCCAGAAGCAGAGACCGAAACCUGUGUGUCUGGUGGAGGUGGACAAGACGUAUAGGUGUCCCAUUUCAACCUGCAAGUACAAGUUUUCCAGCAAGGCAAAGCUCCAGACCCACCAGGGAUGUCACGGAGGAGGGCCAGGGAAGGGGGAGGAGAGAGGCUUCACCUGCCCUCACUGUGCCCUCAGGUUUGACAAGUGGUCUGUGUGUCAGCUUCACCUGUGGAAGGAGCACGGGGUGGACAUUGACCUCCUAACCUGCGGCAUCUGUCACACGUACAAGACCUGCACUCAGCAACGCCUCCUUGUGCACCAGAAGAUUCACUCUGAUGCCCGGGACCAUGUAUGCAAGACGUGUGGCAAGGGAUUCAAGCAGUUGGCGCAGCUCCUCAACCACCAAGUGCAACACAUCACCAGCCCUAAAGACUUCCCUGCCUGGGCUGAGAAGAGUUACUGUGAGGAGUGUCAGCACUGGUUCAGGGACCGCAAGUCUCUCAGGAUGCACAUUUCCUUGGUUCAUUUGAAGAGAAAACCACACUCCUGCCCUCACUGUCCCUAUCGAUGCUCUAGGAGUUUUGAUCUUAAGGUCCAUAUGAGGCAGCAUACAGGGGAGAGGCCGCACCGGUGUCCGCUGUGUGGCUGGCAGACGCGUGACCACAACAGCAUGCGGCGCCACAAACUUGGUCACCAGGAGCGCAAACCGUUCCGCUGCCCCUUGCCAUUGUGCCAGUUUGAGACGCGCCACCCUGCCUACUUCAAGCGACACAUGGCUCGCCGACAUCUUGACAAUGAGGCGCUGUAUGCUUGUUUGUUCUGUCCUCUAACAACACCCAGCCUUCAGGACUACAUAAAGCACUCCAUGAAGCACGAGAAGGACUUGGCAGAGGAGGCCAUGAAGCGAGCCAUGCAGGCUGACACAGACACACCAGGGGAUGCCACCACAGCACCCAGGGAAGAACCUACACCUGUCACCACCGCCAUUGCCUUAACCACUGAAGAUGCCACCAAGAAGACCUCACCUAUUGAUUUCAAUCAUAAGGUUGGGUUCAUUGCGAUUAAGUUUGAUGACGCUGCUGCCUCGGAAGGGAAGGGAGAGACAGUGGAUGAGGUGGUGGUGGAAGAGGUGGAAGGGGAAAGUGUCUCUGGUGUCUCUCUGCCGCAAGUGGUGGUGUCUGGGAGCAACGGACACUACCUACUUGAUAUACCAGGUAUAGGGGAGGAUGGGGAGGCACGGGUCAUUAGCAGCGCUCCUCCCCAGCAUCAUAUAAUCACCACCACCACUGCCACCAGUCACUAUACAACGCCUCAGCUGCCUCACAAUACGUCACUGCAGGACUGUAGCACCACCACGUGACGUCACUAUUAUCAUAAAGACACCAUAAUGUCAUCACCGCUACAUUAUCAUCACUGUAAUGUUUUGAAGAGCAUAACAUCAUCAUUUGCUACAUUUUUGUCACCAUAAUGAAGUGUUGUGAAGAGCAUGUCACCAUAACAUCAUCACACUAUCAUGAAGUAUUGUAAGGAGCUUGUCACCAUUAAAUUACCAUUCUGUCAGUCACUGCAUUAUCAUCAUCACCAUAUUGUAAGUGUUGAGCAUAUCAUCACUAUUCAUACAUAUCACCAUACAUCACAUCUCAUAUUAAUGUAGAAGUAUUUUAAGAAACUGUUUCAUCCUGUCUCUUCAAGAUGAAAUCCUAAUUUAAAAAAAAAAUUGUAAAUAAAAUGCAAAAAAGU